UUGAUGUUUGAUGAUCAAUUUCUGUUGUUGAUCAAGCAAACCAAAUCCGAUAUUAUACGAACAAAGUUGAUCAGUGAUAUAAAUGUCGAUAAUAGUUUAUCAAAAAACAACUUGAAUCUUGAAUACCGCGUUACCGGUAAGAAUUGCAAUUUUGAAUUUUGAGAUCAUUUUUUUGUGAUUGCAAUUCCAACAGAACAGAAAAUGUCGGGUGGAAGAGCUAGGUAUCGCUGCUGACUGGGACUUGGCCGCAUCAAUCAGUGCAGCAGAGAGCAGACCGCAUCAAAGAUAGUGAAGAACUGCUGGUGGCCGAAUUGAUACACAUAUCGAUUGACGCAAAUCCACGUGACACCCACUGAGCAAGGGAUGAUAGAUGAAAAUCCACGAUGAAAUGUGCCAAUCUCUCAGAGACAAACGAUGAUAAAACAAGGAUAAUGUAUUCAAAACAUACAGAAGAAAAGCACACAUUCGUGUAUAAAAAGUUGGUGGUGCCAACAACAAAGCGAAGUAUCUACUGGAAAUGCUUUGGAUUUCCGGCUAAUGAAGAAGGUGAGAUUCUCACCAAGGUAAAGAUAAUCUGUCUGCUGUGCAAGGCUGUCAUCACCUACAAUGGAAACACCAGUAAUCUUCGUAUGCAUCUGCAGAGCAAGCAUAUGCAGGAGCUGAACGAGUUAGAAGCUUCAUCGCCACCCAAAAAGCCAAGAGUUGAACCCAAACCGAAACCCGGCAAGAAGAAAAUUUCUAAUAUGUACACGACAGACAUAGAUGGCGCCCUCCAGGUGGAUGCCAACAUGCACAUCAUAUCGGACCCUAGCGCUGUUCUUGAGGAGGCUGACUCCGCUUCAAAUCUGCGCGUUGUUCUCAAGGACUCGGGCGAUAGCGACAACAUCGCUUUCCUCAUGUCUUCGGAGGACGACAACCAUUUUGGCCACAAUCAGUCGGGCGACCGGUCUAAGAUCUCAGACGCAAUCGCGGAAAUGGCCGUGUUGGACCUGCACCUUCCCGACGUGGUGCAGUCAGUCGGCUUCCAGCGACUGGUGGCCACCCUACGCUCGCCCUGCGAGAUCCCCUCCAAGGCCAACCUGAUCGACGACAUCCUGCCACGCAUGUACGACUCGUGCCGCGACCAGCUCAAGGAGGCACUGGCCCUGUGUACCAGUUGCCACUUCGCCGUCAGCUUCGAGGAAUGGCAGGCCGCCUGUGGCGAUGCCUACAUCACUAUGUCGCUGCACUUCCAACAGAGUGUUCACUCCAUCUCGAUCGACGUGAAUGCGGAUAAUUUCAAGCAAGGUAAUGAGGAGCAGCUUCACACCAAAGUUCUGACUACAAUGCAUUGCUCUCCAUUGUUCAAUGCCGACCACUGGUCGAACAUGAUAGACAGAGAACUGAAAGAAUGGGGAAUAUCUGAGGAUUCGAUUAGUGCCAUGAUUGUGGCCACCAACCACGAGCCUCUCAUCGCGGCGCUCAAAACGACCAAAAUCACGCUCAUUCCUUGCCUUCUUUACACUCUCCAGGAUAUUUGCAGCACUUGCAGCUUCAAUACGCCUGAAGUAUCAGUUAUACUAACAAAAAUUCGAACUAUACUUGCGAUCAUAUUCCGAUCCAGCACUGCACAGGCUACACUACGAAUUCAAGAGAACUUAUUACAGUUGGAAGAUGGAGUAUUAUCGACCGACUACCCGCGUGCUUGGAUGUCGACGUACGUGAUGCUGGAGCAGCUGGCGGUACGGAGGACCAUCCUGCCCAAUGUCAUCGAAAACCUCGACUCUGUCACCAGUGACGUCACCACGCUCACAGAUGACGAGUGGGCCAUCGUCGAAGACAUCAUAACCGUUCUCGAACCUUUCAAGGUUACAGCAAUGACGCUAGCUGAAGAAAAAGCUCCAUUGAUUUCUCUACUGAAGCCUCUCAUGAGUCAGCUGAUGAGUAUUCACCUGAAAGUGAGAGAGUUGGAUUCAGAUUUUGCACAAGAAUUGAAGAAGAACCUCUCAGACAUGUUAAAAGACAGAUACGUUGAAGUGGGUGUUGACGAGAUGCUGAAGAGCGCGACGACACUGGACCCGCGCUUCAAGCAGCUGCCCUACGCGGGCGAGGACUCGAAGGCCACGCUCUCCACCACCAUCAAGGAGGCAUUGACCAAGUCCAUGGCUGAUCGAGGCAUUCUCUCCUCCUCCGACCAGUCUAACAACGAAUCCGAGGACAACAAACGCAAGGCUAGACUCUCAGGUAUGAAGAUGCUAUUCGGCGGCGUGACCAGCAGCGGCAGUGGUCAGCUGUCGGUGGAUGCGCGCGCAGAUCUGGAGCUAGCACUAUACCAGGGCGAGCCCAACGCCAACCUGGACCAAUGCCCGCUGGUCUGGUGGCAGAAGUCGGCCUCCAAGUUCGCCAACCUGGCCCGCCUCGCCGCCGUCUACAACUGCGUCCCCGCCACCGCCACGCCUCCCUCCCGCAUCCCCGUCGACGCCCAGGUGCGGUUCGACCUCAAGCGCGCCAAGCUCAGUGCCGACAUCAUCGACAAGAUCAUCUUUCUCCACUCCAACUACAACUGCUGAGCGUGAAAUCAGCACACCUUAAGCUGCCAAUGUUGAAAAAAUUGCGUGUGCCUGAGUAGCCCAAGUAGAGUGAAACCACGUGAAUAUGUAAAUAGCUCUUUCAAUCUCCUUGAUUGGACUUCUACAAAUCAGUUAUUACCUUAACUUGAUCUUGAUCAGUUGUCCCUUCCAGAGCUCAAGCUUAGGCAGGAAAGAAAUGUGUUACCUUGAACUAUGUUUUCAGUGGAAAUGUAGAUAGGUGUUUGUACUUUGAAAGUACAUUGAGUUGCAACAAAUGAACAAUGAUUGAACUUAUGCUAAGCUAAACCAUAGGCCAUUAUGACAGACAUGUUGUUGUGUAUAUUUUUAAUUUUCUGAAUAGUUGUUAAGGUGAUAUUGUGGUAGUUAUCCGUACUGAAUAAUAAAACUGGAUAUUGUCCAAUAACAGAUCUAUUAAAAACUGGUAUCUCGUUUUUUCAAUAAAUCUGUGAUUGGACAAUAUAUAAGUAUUUUUAUUCAUCAUACUUUUACUACUCAUGCUCUUAGUUCUUAUUACAAAUUCUAGGGACAAUGUUGUUACUAAAUCUUUAACGUGAUGUGUAGCAACACAAUUAAUGUGCAUUCUGGUGACGUCAGCAGAGGUAGGGCUCCUAAACCAAUAAAAACUUGUUAAUUUCAGCUGAUCUAUAUCAGCUAGUAUUUUUAUUGGUGUAGGAGCCCUACCUGUAAUGAUGAUACCAUCAACCACCUGUCAUGCACUAUGGCUUU